GCUUGUGUGUUUGGUGUAGUGUUUUUACACUUCGAAAUCAGCUGUGUUUUCAGACGUUUUUCCUACAAAAUACAGUCUUCUUGCAGUCCAAAAUGAAGUGCUUUUUGUGCUUUCAGUUACUGAGGUCUUCAGGGUUUAUGACUUGGCACCCAACAAGUUCAACAUUAUCAAGAGUACCCAUAAUAAGGAGACAGUUUUUCACCACAUCCUUAACAACCUUAUCGUCGCAAACCUCCUCUCGAUCCAUCCUGCCUCCGUCAUCUGAGGCUCAGAGACGAGAGGAGGAGUCCAAGGAAAUGGAGAUCUCGCAGCUCGUUGGAAAACACAGAAAGCGUCAGAAUCGAGUCUAUGUCUGGGGCUUCUCGUACACCGGCGCCCUCGGGGAAGCGUCGUUCGUCAAACCAAAAUUAAAGAAAGGAAAACCUGUAACCAGCCGAAGGAAGUAUCAGACAGCACCGUACCUGUUAAAUCAAGACAGAAAGGUGAUAACAUCUGUUGCCUGUGGUUAUGGUUUUACUCUACUGGCUAGCAAUACAUUGGAAACCACAAAGGUCUGGGGUACGGGUAUUAACACGGACUCUCAGCUUGGGUACCAGCCUAAGAGUAUACAGAAAGAUGAGGGACUGGAGUAUAUUCUUGCACCUGUCCCUAUUGAUCUACCCUUAACGAGACCAAGAUCAGCUCGAGUCACCCAAAUAGCCUGUGGGAGAGCUCACUCACUCAUCCUCACUGACACGGAAGGAGUUUUCAGUCUUGGCAACAACGUUCAUGGACAGUGCGGGAGAACGGUCGUUGAAAAGGAAAACUACAGUUCCAACAGAGUCAUCCAUAAUGUACAAGGAAUUGACGGCAAGAUUAAACAGAUUCAGUGUGGCCAUGACCAUAGUCUCUUCUUAACUGAAGAGGGCGCUGUGUAUAGUUGUGGUUGGGGAGCAGACGGACAGUUAGGUCUUGGUCAUUAUGAGAGUGUCGAUCUUCCAAUGAGACUUGAAGGAGAUAUUAAAGGAGAACGGAUUGUGGAAAUUGCUACCUUUGCAGACUGUUGCCUUGCUGUGUCAGAUAAAGGUGAGCUGUUUGGAUGGGGAAAUUCAGAAUACAAUCAACUCAAUUCCAUCACGGAUGAAACACAGGUUUACGAGCCUCGGCAUCUUCCAUUUACUGGAGUAGGGAAGGUUGUGGGUGCAGCUACUGGAGGGACUAUUUGCCAGCUUGUAAAUGACACUGGAGAUGUGUUUGUCUGGGGCUAUGGUAUUCUAGGCAAGGGACCCAAGCUAAGCGAGAGUAAAUGGCCAGAACACAUCCCGUCCAUUUUGCUGGGACGAACAAAACUCAAGCCCGAUGUGAAGGUCACCCAGGUGCAUUGUGGUCUCCACCAUUUUGCUGCAGUCACAAAUGAAGGAGAUUUGUACACAUGGGGAUCGAACGGUACUGGUCACUUGGGUCUGGGAACACUCGCCAACCAGUUCUUCCCUCUUAGGGUAUCUGUUGCAGCCGAUGUAACCUCAGUGGCAUGUGGAGUGGAUCACAUGGUCCUACUGACUAAGACAGUGAUUUGAUUCAGAUUGAGCUAAAUCUCAGAAGAUUUCAUCAGCCUCUCUGUCGCGCUGUUGCUGCUUGGCUUUGGCCCAGACACGGCGCCCUCCAU